GGCCCUGCUUCCAUGCCAUGGACGGUGACGACGGCCCUGGGAGCUGCUUCCUUACCGUGCAAAGGGCCACGGCCGUGGAGUGCGCGCUGGGACCGGUGGCCUUCACCAGACCGGAGGGCGAGGAGCUGGUUGUGAUUCGCGGCACGACCUUGGACAUCUAUGCCUGCACCCAGCGGCUAGAGCAUCUCGUUGGGGGAUGCAUCAAUGAGAGCGUGAGCUGCUUGCUGGUAGCUGCAUCCAAGGGCAGCUAUGAUUUGCUGGUGCUGGUGACUGUCUCGUUGCAAAUUCUUGUGGUGCGCUAUGACAACAAUGCCAAAGUUUUGCAGUUGUUGGCCAGCGCGGACGCGGGGAACAUGGUGCUGGGUGCCACGGCUCGCCCCGCCUCCUGUGGCACGUCCAGUUGCCGACGCUUCGUGGCGGUGUACCUGUACAGCAACAUUGUGGCAAUCGCCGACCUGGCAGCCGUAGAAGCCUCCUUUGAGCAGAAUGGAGUCGUUGACCUGAAGACCAGCCAGAAGAUGUUUUAUGUGGACGUGAAGGAACAAGUCGCAUGCCUGGACUUCUUGACUUUCGUGUCAGAGGCGACGCCCCAGCUGGUGGCCCUGCACGCGCGCGAAGAUGCCUGCGGAGCUUGGGAGGAUGGUCAAAAGGUGCUUUGCGUCCACUCCGUGGACCUGCAGAAAAAGCGUGCGCAGUGCCUGGCGAAGCCAGAGCUUCCAGCUGCCCGUGGCGUGGCAAAUGUUCCUGGGAGGCAAUACCUGUGCUGCGACCUCAUCGCUGCAGUACCUCACAGCGCCGGAACAUGGGCAGCUUCAGGUGCUGUACUUGCUGUGGGUGCUGGCUACGUCCGCCUGUUCAAUGCCGAGCUCCAACAACUCAUCGCUGUGCGUGGGACGCAGGCUUGCAGCUCAAUGCUGGUGAAAGUCAACGAUGCAGGAAAUCGGUGGCUGGUCGCUGGCUCCUUGGGAGACCUCUAUUUGUUGCGAUUGGAGGGCGGGUGCCCCGUUUCUGUGACGGUGCAGUGCAUGGGUGUCUCUGUGCCUGCUUCAGCCGUGGCCACCUGGCAACAAGGAGACUAUGCCUUCAUUGGAUCUCAGGUCAGUGACUCAGAAGUGUUGCACUUCCACGCGGUUUGCGCGGAUGCUCCAGCCACGGCCAGCACGGCCGCGGGGCGUCGACGGAAGAAUUUGGAGGAUGCCUUUGAGGUGAUGGAGACCUGGACAAACCUGGGGCCUAUCACAGACUUUUGCACCAAGGAGCUUGGCUCCGGGCGCCUUGAACUCAUCAGCUGCAGUGGUGCAGGGUCCAAUCUGGGCUCCCUGCGCUUCAUCCAAGUGGGCAUUCCAUUGGAAGAUCUGGGCAGCUCAGGCGGGAGCCUUGGCAGCGUUUUGGGCCUAUGGCCCUUGGGCUGCCGCUACCUGGUGCUGAGCCGCCCCGGACGGACGGAAGUGCUGCAAAUUGAGGAGAGUGAAGUCGAGGAAUUCAGCCUGUGUCUGCGGCCUUUCAUCGAGUGCGGCCUGCGACUUUCAGAGGAGACCCUCUUUUGUUGUAGCAUUGCCGACCUCUUCAUCCAGGUCACUCGCUUCGGUGCUCUCAUGCUGGAUCCGCUACUUCGCACGCGUGGGGAGUGGAGGAUCGACCCCUUGUCCGGCAGCAUCACCGCUGCAGUGGAUGGAGAAGGCGGGCUUUUGGUCGCAUCGGCUCUGGGGGAUAUCUUUGCACUGGAUCUUCACUCCGAAGGUGGAACUCCUUGCAGUUUCGUCCAGACAUCAGCUUGGCGGCUCGCAGGUGAGCCGAGCUGCCUUUGCUCGCGGGAGCAACAUCUGGCGGCGGGACUCUGGAGCGACGAGCUGUGCAUUUGGCAUCGCCAGGACUUUGGGCUUCAGACCUUGGCUUUGCCAACGCUCCCUCGGUCAGUGGCCUUCUCCCCACAUCUCCAGCUCUUCACGGGGCUGUGCGAUGGUCGCGUGGUGCUGGCGACGAAAACAGCGGGUUCUGAGUGGCAUCUUCAACGCACGGUGGUGGUUGGGAUGGAGCCAGUGAAGCUUCUGGUUCUGCCGGCGGAAUCUGAGAUGGGACCAAAGCUGCCACAAGAAGACGCGUCUUCGGAGCGUAGCGCAGUGCAGGAGCAAGAGAUGCUCCUGGCAAUCAGUGGGAAUGGAAGCAUCUUGCAGGCUCAGUCGCAGCGUGUGGUCCAGACACCCGUGUGCCUUCCCAAUAUGUCACAUGCUGCCUUCUUUUCCCAUGGCUUGGCAGGCCUUCAUCACUGCAUGGCUUUCAUCAGUGAAGAGCGCCUCUUGCUGGCGCGGCUACGAUGUCACGAGCGAAUGCACGUGCGAAGCCUGCCAUUUCCACAGGCACCACGCAGGAUCGCGUAUCACCAGCCAACACGGAUUUGCGUGGCCGGCUGUUGCGACAUGAGCUCGUCGGUGGCCAUGCCGAGCCCAAGCAGAUCCAGGGCCCAACUGCAGUUUGUGCACUCGGAUACUGUGAGCUUGUUGGACACCAUGACCUUGGGUCACGACGAAAUGAUCUCCUCGGUGGUCACGGUCUCUUUCACUGGGGACCCCACGGUGUAUGUUGCAGUGGGCACAGCUGUGGUGCUUCAAAGCGAGCCCGAACCCACGCGGGGCCAGGUGCGUUUGCUGGCGCCAUGUCCCAGUUCUUCCAGUUCAGAGGUGGCCCUGCCACCCUUCCGCGUGGCCAAGACGUUGGAGGUCCAGGGUGCGGUCUAUGCCUUGAGCGCCUUCGAGGGACGGCUCUUAGGGGCAGUGAACAACCGCCUUCAACUCUGGGAGCUGCAGGGCUCGCAGCUGGUCGAGGUGUGCCGCUACAGUGCUGGUGUCAUCGUGUUAGACCUCCAAACUCUGGGUGAUCUGAUCCUGGUGGGCGACAUCAUGCGCUCAGUCACCCUCAUGCGCUUUCAGGCGCAGGCCAUGGCCUUUGAAACUGUGGCACAUGACGAAACCUCCGCAUGGUCCACCACUGUGGACAUGCUUUCGGAGAACCACUUCUUGUGUGCAGAAGAUGGCGGUAACUUGCUCUCCCUCCGCUGUGGACAGCGGCGCUCCAAUGGGGAGGCGGUGAAUGUCCUGGAGCGAGUUGGAAGAAUCCACACCGGCGAAUUCAUGAAUCGAUUUCAACGAUCCACCUUGCGGCGUUCAAUGUCACGCCCCGGAUCAGCGUUCGAUCCGACAUAUUGCACCAUUUGGGCCAGUGCCUCCGGAGCCUUCGGCUGGGUCUUGCCAGUGGAGCAGCAUCGCUUCUUGCGGCUGCUGAAGCUGCAGGAGUUCAUUGCAAGCGAGCUGAAACCCAUGCUGUCCCAAAAGUGGUGUGAUGCCAGACUCGACUUGCAGGGCGAGCGUGUUGAGCACGAAGGGUUUCUGGACGGCGACCUGCUGAAGCGGUUCCUGAUGAUGCCAGAAGAGAAGCAGCAGGCCUUGGCUGCACGCGCGCGGCGCGAGCGCUUGGAUGGCUUGGAUGACUUAGAUGCAGGAGAUGAUCCGCUGCAGGAGUUGCUGGAGGAUUUAGAGAUGCUCUCCCGCUGAUGCCAGCAGCGGGCAAUGUUUGG